AUGGCUAAAAAGCCCAAAUCCCGCACCGUCGCCGUCCGCCUGAUCUCCAUGGCCCUGACGGGCUACUACCGCACGAUGGUUCGCCCCCGCACGUCCCGGCCGCUGAGUAUGAUGAAGUACGACCCCGUGGUCAAGCGGCAGGUGCUGUUUCUGGAGCAGAAGCGGGGGAAAUAA